AUGUCUGAUAUAAAGGUGGAAAAGGAAGAGGAUAUACCGGUCAAUGAUGAUUCGGUAAAUUUGGAGCUGCAAGAAGACAAGAAUACCGAGGUGGAUGGUGAGCAUGAAUAUGAACAUGAACAUGAAGGAAAGUCGGCUUCUAAGAAUACAAAUGACGAUACCAAUACCAGCGGUAAUACCAAUAAUAGUAAGAAGAAAAAGAAUAACAAUAUGUUUGUUUGUAAAUGGGUUGAUUGUAAGAAGAGAAACUAUCCUACGCUCACGUCGUUAGUUACGCAUCUAAGUUCCACUCAUUUAGCUCACAUAGCACAUUUGAGUCCAAAUACACCAAUUCGAUAUACUUGCCAUUGGGAAGGCUGCUCGCGAUAUGCAAUGGAACAACCUUCGAGGUUUGCGUUAAUUUCCCACUGUCGUACACACACGGGUGAAAAGCCAUAUUUUUGUCCGAUUCCAGAAUGUGAAAAGCAUUUCACACGUUCAGAUGCUUUGGCAAAACAUGUAAAGGGGGUCCACGACUUGCAUCUGGCCCGAGAUGCGUUGGCGUUGAUUAAAGAAAGAAUCAAGAAAGAAAAGAUGGCGCCAAUAGCCUCCGAUAACGAUGAUUUUGACGAAUAUGAAUAUUUAUCGGUGAUCGACCAAGAUUACGACUUAAGAAACCCAUGGUGGUUCAACAAGAACUUUGUUAAUACCCUUGCGAAUAAGGAUAAUAGUAUUAGCGCCUUUUAUGAUCAACCAUUCAAUACGCAACAAUAUAAAUUGGCUAGUGACAGGUAUCAUGCGUACUUAGAAAAUAAUGAUGAUGAAAUAAUACCUUCUAUUGAAGAAAAUGAGUAUUUGGAUUAUAUGUCACAAUAUGACGAUGAGCUUCAAAAAGUAGCCAAAUCAAUAAGUUCUAGCUAUACUGCGCCAGAAGAUGAUGGCAGUAUGGAUUUCGCAAAUACCGAAGAACUUGAAGAUUUGAAAAAAAUUCAUAACAAUUUAAAGACGCAGCUUGCUACUGCGACAAAGAUCAAUAAAACUGUGAGUAAACAAUUAUCCACGUCGGUUAAAGAAAAAAGAAGAUUAUGGUUAAUGAACCAAAUUCUACUUGAUGGAAACGUAGUUAUUGGGUUACCAGAAAAAGCCGACACCGGAAUUAAUGAUGAAGAUACUAAAAAGGUCGUAUUAGAUAAAUAUGACGAAGAAUUAUUAUCUGAAUCGGUUAAGACAUUACAUUAG